CCUCUCUCCCGGUUUAUUUCCUCAGUAACAGCGAGUCGUUCAGGCAGGAGAGAUCUACUCAGGAGGAGAAACUCUUCAGACCAGGAUCUAUAGAACACAAACCCACACAGAGAGGGACAGUCUCACACUGAUGACUAGAUGACUGAUGUAGUUUGCUUCAGAGUUGCGUGCGCUUUCGCGUAAACAACAAAGUCCCUCUGGCCACAAAGAGGAAAAAAGAGCCCUAUCUCUGCAGAUGAGGGCAGCGGGGUGCAGAGGAUGAGCAGAGGUGACUGGGGCUUUCUGGAGCGCCUGCUAAUUGAAGGUCAGGAGUACUCGACAAACGUGGGACGGGUGUGGCUCACCGUGCUCUUUCUCUUUCGUAUGCUCGUCUUGGGCACGGCAGCCGAGUCUGCCUGGGAUGACGAGCAGUCGGACUUCGUCUGCAACACCAAACAGCCCGGCUGCGAGGAGGUCUGCUAUGACCAGGCAUUUCCUCUCUCACACUUCCGCUACUUCGUGCUCCAGGUCAUCUUCGUCUCCACGCCCACCAUUUUCUACUUUGGCUACGUGGCUCUGAAGACGGGCAAGGAGCAGAAGCCGACCGAGCAGACUGUAGAGGAGCAGAGAGGAAGACAAAAUGUUGGAAAAUCCAAGCAUAGUAAACUGGAGGUGAUAAAGGAGGAGGAUGAGGAAGAUGAGAAACAAGUGGAAAAGAAGACGAAGAGGCAGGAGGAGCCUCCUAAGCUGAAGGGCAGAAUGCUUGGUGCGUAUGCUGUAAGCACAGUGCUGAAGGUUGUGCUUGAGAUUGGCUUCAUUGUUGGUCUUUGGUUUCUUUACGGAUUUGGAUUUAUAAUUCCAGCUCAGUAUGAGUGCCAGCGCUUUCCCUGCCCCCACACUGUGGACUGUUUUGUCUCUCGGCCAACUGAGAAGACCAUUUUCACCAUCUACACUCAAGUCAUUGCUCUAGUUUCUGUUCUUCUGAACAUUGUGGAGUUGCUGCAUCUCCUUAAGCUGGCCAUCACACACUGGUUGGAGAAGAAAUACCAGUCUCAGGGGCUGGGGACAUUUAGAGAGAUCGAAAGGACCCCCACUGAACUGGAGCUCACAGAAGUUCGGGCUCCAUCGUACGAGGAGAAGGGCCAUCUCUUUCUCCCUGUAGGAAAUGACAGUUACGGCCAGUCUGGCCACGAAUGGACUGGUAGUGAGUCCUACCUAACAGCAGAUAUGCUUCCUAGCUACUCGAACUGUAUUAGAAACAGCAACUACAGACAUCACUCCAAAAAACACGCACACUCCAAAAAAGCCAGCAAAAAUGACCAAAAAGGGAAGCACUCCAAAGACAAGCAUUAUGUAUAAGACCAAAAUGGACAAAUUAAAAACAUUAGCUCGGUCCAGUUUAAUGGAUCCUGUUUUGGAACAUCCAGAGGCGGAGGGGCUGAACAUCCCCUGCUUUAGUCGUGGAACAUUACUGUGAGGCGAACGCUGCUUCCCUUGUUUGGAAAUGACUGUACUCCCGGCAGAACUGCAGGACUGCCUUCCCCCAACAGCAGUUAAAGGUGACGGGGGUUAGGUGUAGCCAGCAAAAUCUUAAUAAGGACUCUUUACUUCAGCAAUGUUGUUGAUAAUCAUCACACAAAGAAAAUAAAUGUGUGUGUCUAGAGAGCGCAAGCGCCAAACGCGGUUAAAGUAGAGAUAGAGGUAGAAAUGAAGAUAAAGGUAGAUCAUGGUACAACAGAAAGUAGCAAGUACGUGAAUGUGUUUGUCAUUACCUGUACAUAACAAUGACUGUAAAAAAAAACAUGAAUCCUGUGGUUUCACUCCAUUAUGUUGCUUUCAUAGAAAUGAAGACAAAAUUGUUUGCCCUGUGGCAAAAUAUGCAACCAUAGUCUGUAUAACUACUCAUUUGGUAGACCCACCCACUUUUCCCAGACCAGGUGUGUCUCAAACUGCCUUCAUUGAGCCAAUUUUGUCCAGUGAGUGUUAUGUUCCAACAGUCAAAAAGUACAGUUAAUAUUAAAGUUAAGUUUGACUAAAACUUAGCUUAACAACAGCUGCAAACAGUCUGUUUCAUCCACAUUUAAAAACUGGUAUCUUGGUAAAAUAAAAUAAAAAACUGUUGGAAUAAGACACAGGACAUGAAAAGUCCAUUAGAUGGAUUAUAAGCUGUUUUGUCAUUGAGACCUAUAGGGAUGGGUGAAGCUAUAUAUCAUACUGUUACCAGCAAUCAGAGGAGUUAGACCUGUGGUGGCCUUGCUUUUGAGACCCAUUUCACUGUCCAUGCUUUUUUUCAGUUAUUAAUACACACUAUACAUAGAUCAAUACUUCAAAAAAGUUUUUAGUGGUCUCAGAACCUAAAAAUCAUAUUCAGACAGAUUUAAUGUUACUAAAAUAAUUGUUUAAAGAAACUUGAAAUUGUUUAAAGACAUUGACCAGCCAAACAUGUGAAUUCAUUAAAGAUGUAUUUAACAGUUAAUAUUAUUUUUAUAUUUUAUACUGAAUUUUGUAUUUAUUCUGUUUAGCUCUAAUAAAGUUGUUAAUUCAUGUAA